AUGGCCCCUAGGAGAAGUCGGAAAGAGAAGCCACAAACUUCAUCUCAUGGUACGCAACGGAAGAGAGCCCGACGGGACUCACCUGUGGGCGACCCUGAGGAAAGCCACCACAACACGCAAAGUGACCAAGAGCGAAUGCCUGUGAUGACGGGAUCAACAUCGCAACCGUCCGCCAUCUCGUGGCACGCCACGGUGAAAGCUUUUGAAGAGGAGCCUCUGGCGUCCCAAGUACAACGAUACAAAGAUUGGCGCCGGAGCGGAUCCGCCAACGAGAAAAUCUGCCGUGUUUGCUCUCAGCCUGGUGAUCUUCAUCCUUGUCAUACCUGUAGACCGGCAUUUCAUGCUGCUUGCAUUCCUCAGGGGUCCUAUCACGGCUCCCACAAUCGCCUUUUCUGCACCCUGUGCGUUCAGCGUGGGUGGCAUGUCGCUGCUCCGGCACUUACACCCCCUGCCUCUCCGACCCCAGAGCCGGUGCAACAACCGGACCCUCGAGUACCCAGCACAAGCGCCAUGUCAAUACCCAGUCUAAUCACCAGUGCUCUUGGGUCUGAUGUGCAGUCAGAAGCUCUUCCUAUUCCACAAGCACAAGUGCCGCCCGCGAAUGCUUUACCUUCUAGCGACAGUAAUCACACUACACAAGGCCAAGUUUCCGCAUCGGGAUCUGCGGAUGUGCCAAAUGGUGGAAGUCCUCACGAAAACACAACUGGCUUUCCCAAUUCAUCACGCUCAAAGCGGAAGCGCAACUCGCGCUUUACAACUCUUUCGAGUGAUGUCGAUGCGUCCCUAUCUAUUCUUUAUCGAGAACUGGAAUCUACUGCUUCCCUCAAGGCACAAGUGGAGGAGCUACAAAACCGGAAUCUCGAAUUCUUACAGGGCAUCAAGAUCCGCGACAACAAUAUCGCGGCUCUACGCAGGGACUUGCAGCGUCGAAAGAGUGCGGAUGAGGAAUUAGAAAGGUUAAAAGCAAGUGCAUUUUCAAGUGACUCGCUGAAGCAAAAGGUUGCCGACCUCGAGGCUCAGAAUGCCCGGCUUCAUGCUGAAUUGCAGGCCUCGCGCGAACAGACCGCGACGGCCCAGGAGCUGGUAAACGAUUGGAAAGGUAAGCUCGCACAGUUACUCAACACUUCUUAG